AUGUGGGGAUGGGGUCAAGGCAGAACAAUCAAGGAUUCCGUCAGCAGUCGAGGGCACCACCGGCGGAACCAACCAAGGAUGAAUCGUGAUCAACCUCCGCGACAACAACAACCUCACCGCCCAAGACUUCCCUCCCAGGAUAGAGCAUAUGCGCUGAGUUCUAAACAACCCAAGACUGAGCAAGGGAGUCACGAGAACGGAAACUUGGCAGGUAUGGGCCAACUCCUCGAUACACCUAUUGUUGUAUUGUUUGAUACAGGCGCAUCGCAUUCUUUCAUAUCAGAACUAUGUGUGGACACAUUAAGUAUGCCUGCUAAUAUAUCUGAACAUAAGAUGAUGGUGACCUCACCAGUGGGAGGGGUAAUAGAGAUUUCUCGAACAUGCUCGAAUGUAGAAAUUUUUAUGGGAGAACUUAAGCUAGUCGCGCACAACUUAAAAGUCAUGGCAAUGGGGAAUAUCGAUAUAAUCUUGGGAAUGGAUUGGUUAACUGUGAAUUUUGCUACUAUUCGUUGCAAGGAGAGACAAAUAGCAUUACAAGUCCUGGAAAAUAACCAAUCGUGUAUCAUGAAAUCACGAUGA